GCCAACGAGCUGCUGGCCUUCGUCACCAGCAAGGACCUGGACCUGCAGCUCACCCCCGAGGGCCUCGACACCUUCGAGCACGAGGUGCUGGCCAAGCGCGGCGGCCGCGGCCGGCGCGGGCGGGACGAGCGCCGGGGGCUCCUCCACGACAUCCACUCGCUCCAGGAGCUCCUCGACGAGGAACAGGAGGACGAGCUGCUGGACGCCUACACCACCCCAUCCAAGGGCUCCCAGAAACGCAGCAAUUCCACCCCGGAGACGCCCCGGCCCAAGCGGGCGCCGGCGUCCCGCAGCCCCUACGGGCUCUUCUCCCCCGGCAGCUUCUCCCCGAGUGUCACCCCCUCCCAGAAAUACUCGUCCCGGGGGGGCGGGGGCGAGGUCGUGGCCUCGCUGGGCUCCGUGCAGGGCCCGGCCUGGAGCGGCCGCGGCGGCUGCGCCGUCCGGAUCUUCGGCAGCGCCGAGCGGAGCCUCAGCAAACCCUACAAGUUCAUGUUCCAGAAGGCGCUGGACGUGCGGGAAGCGCUGGCCGGGCGCAUGGAGGAGCUCGGGGAGGUCCUGCAGAGGCACCACGGCCUGGACGGCUUCAGCUCAGCCGUGCUCCCGGCUCAGGAGCCGGUGACGGUGCUGGGGCAGAUCGCCUGUGACGGCAACGGGAAGCUCAACGCCAAAUCCGUGCUGCUGCUGGGGGACAGGGAGCACUCGGGGGGCGCCCAGGUCCCACUGGACCUCUCGGAGCUUCCGGAAUAUUCCCUGUUCCCAGGACAGGUGGUGGCUCUGGAAGGCACCAACAGCACGGGCAGGAGGAUGCUGGUGACCAAGCUCUACGAGGGGGUCCCUCUGCCCUUCCACACCCCCACGGAGCCGAUGGCAGAGCAGAGGAUGGUGCUGGUGGCCUGUGGCCCCUUCACGCCCUCGGACAGCGUCGCCUUCGAGCCCCUGAGCGACCUCCUGGACGUCGUGGCCCGUGACCGCCCCGACGUCUGCGUCCUGCUCGGGCCCUUCCUGGACGCCAAACACGAGCAGGUGGAGAGCUGCCAGCUCCUGAGCCCCUUCUCCGACGUGUUCCGCCUCUGCCUCAGGACCAUCAUCGAGGGCACCCGCAGCGCCGGCUCCCAGCUCGUGCUGGUGCCCUCGCUGCGCGACGUCUCCCACGACUUCGUGUACCCGCAGCCGCCCUUCUCCCUCCCGGAGCUGCCCAAGGAGGACAGAGUGCGCGUGCUCCUGGUGCCCGAGCCCUGCACGCUGGACAUCGACGGCGUCGUCUUCGGCCUCACCUCCACCGACCUCCUCUUCCACAUGGGGGCUGAGGAGAUCAGCAGCUCCUCGGGGGGCUCCGACCGCUUCACGCGGAUCCUGCGGCACGUCCUGACCCAGCGCAGUUUCUACCCCCUGUACCCCCCCUCGGAGGAGCUGAACGUGGACUGGGAGGCGCUGGCGGCGUUCGCGGCGCUGCCGGUGACCCCCGACGUGCUGGUGACGCCGUCCGAGCUGCGCUUCUUCGUCAAGGACGUCCUGGGCUGCGUCUGCAUCAACCCCGGGCGUUUGACCAAGGGCCAGGCCGGGGGCACCUACGGGCGGCUGCUGCUGCGCCGGGAGCGGCGCGGGGACGGAACCGCGGACGGAACCAGGGACGGCUCUGGGGACAGUCCCGCAGAGAGUGCUGGGGACAAUCCCGGGGACAGGGAUGGGGACAGUCCUGCCAAGAGUGCUGGGGACGCCCCCCGGAGCAGCCCCUGCGUGGCCGCCCAGGUGGUGAGGAUUUGAGCGCCCGGCUCUGCCCGUUCCCCACCCGCGGCGGCGGAGCAGGAACUGGGGAUGAAAGUGCUGGAAAUGGGACUGAAACUGCUGGAAUUCCAGUUAAAACUCCUGGAAUUGGGGCUGAAACUCCUGAACUGGGGUUAAAGCUCCUGGGAUUCCGAUUAAAGCUCCUGGAACUCCGAUUAAAAACCCCAAACUCAUUCUGCGCGUGGAGGGUUUCCCCAGAAGGAUCCAGGAUUCGCCCCUGGGAAGGUGGAAUUCGGGAAGGGCAAUCCUGGCGUCGCCCCUCGCCUGCGGGGGCCUCGUUAGGGGGCUUGGACUAAUUAAACUGCAAUUAAUUACGGGUUCCUGGUGCUGCUGCUUCCAGGAAUAACCAGCCUCGGGGCUGCCUUCCACCCUUUUCCCAAACUUUUUGCCCCAAACUGAUGAUGAUGAUGAUGAUGAUGAUGAUGAAGGUGAAAACGAAUUAAAGUUUCUGCCUGUG